CGGCGCCCCGCCCUGCCCCGGCGCCCGUGCUCUCGCCCCGUCCGCAGCCCGGCGCGGAGCCAUGGAGAGCCCGGCGGAGAACCCGAGCAAGGCGGCCGAGUACCUCAAGGAGCUCAACAAGAUCAUCGAGACGCAGCAGGAGCUGCUGGAGAAGCAGAAGCGGCGCAUCGACGAGCUGGAGCAGCAAGUGGCCAAGUUGUACCACGAGAACGCGCGGCUGCACGACGAGCACCGCCGGCACCUGGCCGCAUGCCGCCUGCAGCCCGGCGCCCUCCCCGCGCCCCCGGCGGGGCCCGGCCCGGACGUCGCCCGGCACGACAAGUCUGAAGGCGAAAGCUCAAGAAGCAUCAGGUCUAUAAAUACUCUGCACCAGUUUUGCUGUCCAGCUCCAUUGUACCAUACCCAGCUAACUGUCCCUGCCACACACUCAGAGUACAGGACUUCGUUGGAAACAAGAAGCAGCAUCUCUACUGAUCCACUCAGUGUUGAGGGUGAGGCUCCAAGUAGUGAAACUGGCACAUCUUUGGAUAGCCCAUCUACCUACCAUCAAGGACCUAUAACACAUAGUUCAUCUAUAAGCCCAGACCAUUACGACCACUCUGCUUACGGGCUGUAUUCUGUCUCCCCUGGGCAACAAAGAUCCCGGAGACAUAAGCUUCAGCAUUCAACAUCCAUACUGCGAAAACAAGCAGAGGAAGAAGCUAUUAAAAGAUCAAGAUCACUUUCUGAAAGCUAUGAACUAUCUUCAGACCUACAGGAUAAGCAGGUGGAAAUGCUAGAACGGAAAUAUGGGGGCCGUCUCAUAACUAGACAUGCUGCUCGUACUAUACAAACAGCUUUUCGCCAGUAUCAGAUGAAUAAAAACUUUGAGCGACUUAGAAGUUCUAUGUCUGAAAAUCGUAUGUCAAGGCGCAUUGUACUGUCCAAUAUGAGAAUGCAGUUUUCCUUUGAAGGACCUGAGAAAGUCCAUAGCUCCUACUUCGAAGGGAAGCAAGUUUCUGUUACAAAUGAUGGGUCAAAAUUAGGAGCCCUUGUUCAAUCUGAAUGUGGUGACCUUGGGGAAUCAGCUACUAUGAAAUCUCCAGCAGCAUCCACUGACUUUGCUGAUGCUAUAACAGAACUGGAGGAUGCUUUUUCAAGACAGGUCAAAUCUCUUGCAGAAUCGAUUGAUGAUGCUCUAAACUGCCGAAGCCUACAUUCUGAUGAAGUCCAGACACCUGAUCAAGUCAGAAGUCGUGAAAUAGAGAGAGAGAGUUGUACUCAAGCUAAGCCAGCAAUCCAUAAUGUAGAUCAUAGGAAACUUGAUGAGAUGACUGCAUCAUAUAGUGAUGUCACAUUAUAUAUUGAUGAGGAAGAACUCUCUCCACCCUUACCUCUUUCCCAGUCAGUGGACAGACCGUCUAGCACAGAAUCUGACUUGAGGCUUCGGUCUGUGAAUUCUUCUCAGGAGUACUGGUCCAUGACCCACAAGGAUGAUAAGAUAGACACUGAUACAAGCUGCAGAAGCACCCCUUCAUUGGAAUGCCAGGAGCAAAGGAUACGAAUGGAUCAUCUUCCAUUGCUAACUAUAGAACCACCUAGUGACAGCUCAGUGGACUUAAGUGAUCGCUCAGAGAGAGGCUCAUUAAAGAGGCAAAAUGCAUAUGACCGAGGGGUCUCUAGUCAACAAGGAAGCCCAAAACAUAUCCCACAUGUUAUUCCUACCAAGAUUAUAACUCGAGAAGAACAGGAGGCUAGACACAGGCCAAGGCCUAUUGAUAGUCAUUUAGCUAUCAAUGGCACAGCAAACAGGCAGAGCAAAUCGGAGUCUGAUUAUUCUGAUGGAGACAAUGACAGCAUCAAUAGCACUUCCAAUUCCAAUGAUACAAUAAAUUGCAGCUCAGAGUCUUCUUCUAGAGACAGCCUAAGGGAACAGACCUUGAGCAAACAGACCUACCACAAGGAAACUCGAAACAGUUGGGAUUCACCUGCCUUCAGUAACGAUGUUAUCAGGAAACGCCAUUAUAGGAUUGGACUUAAUCUUUUUAAUAAAAAACCUGAAAAAGGAGUCCAGUACCUUAUUGAGCGAGGGUUUGUACCAGACACUCCAGUUGGUGUUGCGCACUUUCUCUUGCAAAGGAAAGGACUCAGCAGACAGAUGAUUGGAGAGUUUCUGGGCAAUCGACAGAAGCAAUUCAACCGAGACGUAUUAGACUGCGUUGUAGAUGAGAUGGACUUCUCAGCAAUGGAACUGGAUGAAGCACUCAGGAAGUUUCAGGCUCAUAUUCGUGUUCAAGGAGAAGCUCAGAAAGUAGAACGACUCAUUGAAGCUUUUAGCCAGCGAUAUUGUAUCUGCAAUCCAGGUGUUGUGAGACAGUUUCGAAAUCCUGACACCAUCUUCAUCCUAGCUUUUGCAAUCAUAUUGUUAAAUACAGACAUGUACAGCCCAAAUGUGAAACCAGAACGCAAAAUGAAGCUUGAAGAUUUUGUCAAGAAUCUAAGGGGCGUAGAUGAUGGUGAAGAUAUCCCACGAGAGAUGCUGAUUGGGAUUUAUGAACGAAUUCGCAAACGGGAACUGAAGACAAAUGAGGAUCAUGUAUCCCAGGUCCAAAAGGUUGAGAAACUCAUAGUAGGAAAGAAACCGAUUGGAUCUCUGCAUCACGGACUUGGUUGUGUUCUCUCUCUACCCCACCGGAGACUUGUUUGCUACUGUAGGCUCUUUGAAGUUCCAGACCCAAAUAAACCUCAGAAGCUUGGAUUGCACCAGCGAGAAAUAUUUUUGUUUAAUGACCUUCUUGUGGUCACCAAGAUCUUUCAAAAGAAGAAGAACUCAGUCACGUACAGUUUUCGACAAUCCUUUUCUCUUUAUGGAAUGCAAGUUCUUCUUUUUGAGAAUCAGUACUAUCCAAAUGGCAUACGGCUCACGUCAGCUGUUCCAGGAGCAGAUAUCAAAGUACUAAUAAAUUUCAAUGCACCCAAUCCACAGGACAGAAAGAAAUUUACAGAUGAUUUGAGGGAGUCUAUUGCAGAGGUCCAAGAAAUGGAAAAGCACAGAAUAGAGUGUAAGUACAAAGCUGAGUUAGAAAAACAGAAGGGUGUGGUGCGUCCAAGCAUGUCGCAGUGCUCCAGCCUGAAAAAAGAAUCUGGCAAUGGGACACUGAACAGAGCCUGUCUGGAUGACAGCUAUGCCACUGGAGAAGGACUGAAAAGGAGUGCACUCAGCAGCUCCCUUAGAGACCUCUCUGAAGCGGGCAAGCGUGGGCGUCGCAGCAGUGCAGGAUCGCUAGACAGCAAUAUGGAAGGGUCCAUCAUUAGCAGUCCUCACAUGCGCCGAAGAGCUACAUCAACCCGAGAGUGUCCAUCUCGCCCUCACCAGACUAUGCCUAACUCUUCCUCACUCCUAGGUUCCUUAUUUGGUAGUAAAAGGGGAAAACCACCUUCCCAAGGCCAUCCACCAUCUGGCUCAUCACAGCAGCCUCAGCACCCUCCAGUAAUCCCUCAUCAGCAACACUCACAGCAUCCUUCUGCCAUGCAUCACGCAGGGCCAUCUGAGGGGCAGACGCAGGCACAAGUGCAUACUCACCAUUCACAGUACUGUCACAUGCAGCAGAAUCCUCCCCCUUAUCAUCACCAUCACCACUAUCACCCUCCACAGCAUGUCCAGCACCCGCACCAGUACCACCAUGUGCCACAUUCUCAGCAUUCUUCUUACAUGCAGCACCCACACUCUCAACAUACCCAUCCUGUGCACCCCCCAUUGCCCCCACCUCACCCAGGGCACUCUUCUCAUGCCCCGCACACUCAGCAUCACCAUGGACAGCCAGCUCCUUCCUCCACUUCAACCAGCACUAAGCCCAAACACAGUGGCAUCAGCACAAUAGUCUAGAACACACUGACCCUUUUAAUAACUGUAGUUUUAAAACACAGUUAUAAAGGCACUUACAGGAAGCAGCAAAUAAACUGUCAAUUUUUACCCAGCCAAACAGUUUAAUUGACUUUUGUGAGCUUAAAGCCUUGCUCUUACUAAAUAAAACCCUUCAAAUUAGUGUGAUCGACAUUAGUUUGACUUAUCUGCUUGGUAGAGGCUGGCCUUCUGGCCCAUCCUUAUCUUCAGUUGCCUUGAAAACCUGCUGCUUGCUGAACACUAGUAAAGCUACUUUUUCCACUGAAUCCUUGACAAUUUUACAUGCAUAAUAAAAACUUAACCUAUAAAAAAAUACAGGAAAUUUUGAUUCAGAACCAAGUGUUGCAUUCUUGCUCUUUUAUUGUCACUGGGCAAAAAAAUAAGUAGACCUGAUAUGGUUGAUGAAAGUACGUAAGUAAACUUUAUAUAAUAUAAAUAUAUACAUAUAAAUAUAUAUAUAUAUACACACACACACACACAGAUGCUGUAUAGUUAACAUUUGUGCUUGGAAAGAUUUUUUUUCAGUCCACAAAACUAGCAAUAUAGACUUUACAAGGAACUCCACUUACUUGAUAGGACAGUACAAUAGGUGAAUAGUAUAUGAAAGAGUAGACCAAAAACUUAAAAUGCUAGAAACAAAAUUCAAACAUUUCAGUAUUUUCAUUGAAAAGUCUUCUGGACUUACUAAGAUCUCUAAGCAAUCAUUACUAAAUGUGCCAAGUAACAUAGCAUUUAACUGUUGUAGUCAAAUAUUGCUUUGUACAAAUCCUUAUUUUACUAACAUAAUAAUAUCAUACGUAAUCAGUAUUAUAACUGCUCUGCUGUUUCAGGUAAGCAAACUAGUUAAGAUGCAGUAACUAUACAGUAGCAGCAUGGGAUAAUCAUUCAUCAGUGGUUAUCUCAAAGCAUUGGUUACACAAGUUCUUAGACACUUUAAAGGCUGUGAUAACUGUGAAUUUACAUGAUCCACAUUUCUUUUUUUAAUGCAUAUGAUUUAAUGGACACAUAUGAAGAGUUGUAUGAAAGGUGCAUGCAUACACUGCAAAAACAUUCAUCUCAAACAUAAAAACUACAGACAUCCAUCCUUCAGCCUCUUCAUUUCCUGUUUACCAUAAUAUCUCAUUUUUCCCAGUUAAAAUUAAUUCUAGUUUAAGUGUUUCUAGAUAGAGCUGCUUUGAAACUUGAAAGUUUAUUUAGUAUAGUUUUUAUUGUAAUUCCAUGUAGCCAUGUGCUAGCAAAGAAGUGGUUUCACCAUUUUUAUUCAUCACAUCUGUUAGUUUCCAAGUACACAGCACUCAGCAGGCUGAGUUUAUACUCAAACCUUUACUGUCAUAGUCCAGAUAGUUGCAAGACAUCACAUGAAAUCCAGCUGUGCUGUUGUUGCUUAUGUGUUGUAAUCAAACCAUUUGCAAAUUUGAGAUUUUUGUAUCCCCAAAUCCUGUACAAAAUUAUACAUGGUGCGUACUUUGUAGUUUCAGCAUUUGAGCCACUGCAAGGACUUUGCACCUAAACGAUAGAAACAAAGGAACCAUAACCGCAAAGCUGUACCAGCCAAAAUGCAAACCUUGAAGAGGACAAAAAUAAAGUUCCAAUAUGAGAUGGGUUUAAAAAAAAAAAAGAAGAAGAAUCAAAACUCUCUGUCUUGUUUAAACAAUAAUAAUUUACUGGAGCAUUGUGUGAGGGAGGAAUACUGGGACAAUGAGAACAAAAAGGGCAAACUUUCCAUGUUGGGUUACUCUUUUGUCUUUUAACUUUUGUUUUUUUAUUCCCCACUCCUUUUCAUACCAUUGAUAUCAUAAUACCAGCAAAACUGCAACCUGAGCACUUUGUUAAUCUCCAUAGAGAGCAAAUACAGCAAUCUAGAGUUUAGCCUUUUGUUUAAUUCUGUCCUUGUUUAUUUCCCACAUGUGCAAUAUCUUUUUUCCUCCUGCUCCUUCUCCUAUAAAUUAAUCUUAUUAUGAAAGAAACAAGUCUUUUUUAUCAUCAUUCAUGCUAUCCUAAAUUCUGCGGCUUACCUUAAAAUGGCUCAUCUAGCCCCCUAAGGCUCUGUUCUUUGCAGUUUAAAAAUACUGUUCUUAUAAGGGAAAGUAGAACUGUCUGCAUGUCAUCUAAUGUUUAAUAGUGUGAGGCUACACUCUACAUAUUGUAUAUUUGCAAAAUAUAUCAGUGUUACUGUUGAUAUUUAGUUGAAGUAAAGUGAUAACAUAUUUAAAUAUGUAGGCUUUUCUUCAUACCUUUGUACCAAUAGUAGAGUCUAAACGUAAUUUAUAGGUUGUUCCAGAAAAGAUAAAGAUUCCAUUUAGCUACAAAAGUUUUCUUUCUGAAACUGUAUCUUAUUAUUAAAAUGGGGUGAAAACAUUCCUCUCAAUUGCAUGCUAUAUAUUCUGUACAUGUUCUAGAUAUAAACAUACUGGCAGUAGUGGAAAUCCUGCAUCCUGAACAAGUGCAGAAUAUGGAACAGAUCUGUUAUGCCAUAGAAAGUACAGUUUAGCCCCAAGACCCAAAUAUUUCAGAUGUAUUUUUGUUUUGUUUUGUGUUUCCAAGUAAGCCUUUGGUAUAAUGUAGUUUUACUUUGUACGCCACAUAUUAAGCCAUGUUCACUGAUUUUUUUUUUCCUGUAUAAUUGACUGAAUGUGCAAAAAUUGUCACAAAUCUUGUGCAUGUAACAAACCAUCCACACAUUUUCAUACACAUACAGAAAAAGGGUGCUGCCUUCUCAGAGGUGCACUAGGUUGCACAUGCAAAGUCAGAAAGUGUCUUAAAACUAGCUAAAAAAUCUAGUCCUUUGAAAACACAAUCUUUAGAAACUUUGUCAUAGUUAAGUCAAUGAUCAGAGAUACAGUGGACUCACUGUUCCUUGUUUGGAAGUAAUUAUUUCUAAGAAACAACUAUGUCUUGGUGUUAGCAUAAGUCUUUAAGAGCUUUGCUGCUAGUUUAGGGGAGCAGUCUAGCCGGUCAGAAUACACCAUAGAUUAACAUUUGCUUAGAACACAGUGGAUCACUCCUAGAAGAGGGAGGUGCCAAUAUGUUGAUCUAUUGGAGAAAAUGAAUUUUUCUAGCCUGCAGGCAGGGGUAGAAUGGAAGGAUUUUUGUCAUAUUUCCUUAUUGAUUAAAAAUCAGCACAAAACACUGUAGAGGGACCAUGUUUCUCUGUUCCAAUAAAUAAUGUGGCUAAGUAAUGUCAAAGUGAAAGAAUUAAAAGGAAAACUGAAGAAUGCAGAUUGCAAAAAAAUCUUUUCUGGGACAACAGUCAAAUAUGUAUUUUUUUUUAAUUUUUUAAGUUAAAAAUAAAAUGUACAACAGUGUAAAAAAAAUCAUUCUAAUAUAAUGUACAUGUCUUGUAUUGCUAAAAAAGUCUUCAAACAUACAGUGUAGAAUGAUUUUCCCAUCAUGUACUGCAUGCAGCAGAAGCCUCUUGUUUCUUGAUAAAAUGAGCUGAAAGAUGGUCAGCAGAUAUUUAAACAAUGAAUCUCUAGAUGUUGACUUGCUGUUUCAUAUGAAGCUGUGUGUUUUCUGCAGUUAAGCAUGCAUUUUGCUGUUUCCGUUGUAAAAUAUCAUCACACUUCUUGCCUGCAAAAUGAGUUAUUGUGUAUAUAUUUAAAACAAACAUGGAACCAAUAACAAGAUUAAACUGGGGGAGGGGGGAGGGUGGUGGGAAUGGGACCAAGUAGGGGGAAUAGAUAAUUCUCUAAAUUGUAUAUAGUGUGUAAAUUAGUAUUACUUAUAAGUCUGCAGUCACUUUGAGGUUACCUACAGCAACUGUCUCCUGCUAGGAACUUUAAUUCAGCUUUGAGUUGUAUUAAACUGUUAGCAUUAGGUCUUGAAUGCAGACUGUUAAAGACUUCAAGAAACACCAUGCUCACAAGAAACUUCUGUUCUGGGGAGGCUCAAGACCCAUUUUGUAACUGGAGAAGAGAGGAGUGCUUUCAUUUUAAUAUGCAUUCUGUUUGUAAGUAGUAGCAGACCUUAUUGAUGUAAAACUCUAACUGUGAUCAUGUGGAGAAAUUAAAUAAAUCAUUUAAAACUC